CGCAAAGUUGGAUCGGAUCGCCGCGGUGUAUAAUUAUUUUUCCUCCUUGUUCAGCCCCAAGAAGGAAAAGAAGAUGGUUACAGAAUGAGCGGAAACAGUCGCGAAAACUUCCUUAUAAUAUCAGACGAGCUGUCAUUUGCGCGACAAGACGUUUUUGUCUGUAGCUUCUUUGGAAAUGUUGUGAAAUAUCCAAGCUAUGUUCCGAAAAUUACGCACGACGCACGGAGGCGCUGCUGCAGGGAUGGAGACGGACUUUGAGAGGCUUCACCCGAGCAGUAGUGAGGAAGACGAUGAUGACGAGAUGGUGGAUAUCGCCGGGGCCACGCUGGACUUUUCCUCCUCGGACGAUGUGCCUCCUCUGGGCGCAGGAGGUUUGGAGGACUAUUUCGGCAGCAGCAGUAGUAGCAGAGGUGGAGGAGGCAUGAAGAAUGGGACCGGGCCCAAACUGGUGGACCCUAUGGAAGACCCUCUCCCCGGAGUGGGGACCUAUGAGGACUUCAACACCAUCGACUGGGUCCGGGAGAAGAGCAGAGACCGAGACAGACACAGAGAGAUCACAAAAAAGAGCCGCCAGUCGACUGUGGCUCUGCUGAGGAGUGUGAGUGAUGCGUUUUCAGGCUGGCUCCUCAUGCUGCUGGUCGGGCUCAUGGCAGGUGCGUUGGCGGGCGGCAUAGACAUCGCGGCUCAUUGGCUCACAGACCUUAAAGAGGGCGUGUGUCUGGUCGGGUUCUGGUUCAAUCACGAGCACUGCUGCUGGACGUCCAAUGAGACCACAUUUCAGGAGCGGGACCGCUGCCCCCAGUGGCAGACCUGGGCACAGCUCAUCGCCGGACAGUCCGAGGGGGUGUUUGCGUACAUAGUGAAUUACCUCAUGUACCUCUUCUGGGCUCUGAUCUUCUCUCUUUUGGCGGUGACUCUGGUUCGGGCAUUUGCUCCGUACGCCUGCGGCUCUGGAAUCCCAGAGAUAAAGACGAUUCUGAGUGGGUUCAUUAUUCGGGGGUACUUGGGGAAGUGGACCCUCAUCACCAAAACCAUCACCCUGGUCCUGGCCGUGUCGUCUGGGCUCAGUCUGGGCAAAGAGGGCCCCCUAGUGCACGUGGCCUGCUGCUGCGCCAACAUCCUCUGCCACCUGUUCACAAAGUACAGGAAGAACGAAGCCAAACGCAGAGAGGUUUUAUCAGCAGCUGCAGCGGUGGGAGUGUCCGUAGCGUUCGGAGCCCCGAUCGGAGGAGUCCUCUUCAGUUUGGAGGAGGUGAGUUAUUACUUCCCUCUGAAGACUCUGUGGCGGUCUUUUUUCGCCGCCCUGGUGGCCGCCUUCACACUACGCUCCAUAAACCCCUUUGGAAACAGUCGCUUGGUGCUGUUCUAUGUGGAGUUUCACGCUCCGUGGCAUCUGGUUGAAUUAGCACCGUUUAUUCUGCUCGGGAUCUUUGGAGGCCUGUGGGGGGCGCUGUUCAUUCGAGCCAAUAUCGCGUGGUGCAGGAGACGUAAAACCACUCGUCUGGGGCACUACCCGGUGUUGGAGGUACUGGUCGUCACAGCGAUCACGGCUGUUAUUGCGUUUCCGAACAGUUACACCAGAAUGAGCGGAUCUGAGCUCAUCUCUGAACUGUUCAACGACUGUUCACUGCUGGACUCCUCACAGCUCUGUGGAUACAAGCAGCCGAACACAAACACGUCUGAGAACGCAGUGGGGGACAGUUUGGCAGAUCGUCCGGCCGGACCAGGACUCUACACGGCUCUGUGGCAGCUCGCCCUCGCCCUCGUGUUCAAGAUGUCUAUAACUGUUAUCACCUUUGGCAUGAAGGUCCCCUCUGGUCUGUUCAUCCCCAGCAUGGCGGUGGGGGCGAUUGCGGGCCGGUUGCUAGGCGUCGGCAUGGAGCAGUUGGCGUAUUAUAACCACGACUGGUUCAUCUUCAAAGGCUGGUGCUCUCCGGGUGCAGACUGCAUCACUCCAGGACUCUACGCCAUGGUCGGAGCGGCCGCGUGUUUAGGUGGCGUCACCCGUAUGACCGUGUCUCUCGUAGUCAUCAUGUUCGAGCUGACCGGAGGACUGGAGUACAUUGUUCCUCUGAUGGCAGCGACCAUGACCAGUAAAUGGGUGGCAGACGCGUUCGGACGGGAGGGAAUCUAUGAGGCUCACAUCAGACUAAACGGUUAUCCGUUCCUGGAGGCGAAGGAGGAGUUUGAGCACAACAGUUUGGCCGUGGACGUGAUGAGGCCGCGCAGGUCCGACCCUCCUCUGGCCAUGCUCACACAGGACAGCAUGACGCUCGGAGAGGUCGAGGCCCUGGUGGAGAGCACUCAUUACAGCGGGUUCCCGGUGGUGGUCUCUUCAGAGUCUCAGAGGCUCGUGGGAUUUGUGUUCAGACGAGACCUGCUUAUCUCUAUAGAUAACGCCCGAAAGCGACAGGAGGGCGUGGUCAGUGCGUCGCGAGUCGUCUUCACUGAGCACGCGCCGUCACAGCCUCCGGAAGCCCCGCCCCCUCUGCGUCUCCGCGGCAUCAUGGACCUGAGCCCCUUCACCGUCACCGAUCACACCGCGAUGGACAUCACCGUCGAUAUCUUCAGGAAACUAGGGCUGCGUCAGUGUCUCGUCACGCACAACGGGAGACUUUUGGGCAUCAUCACUAAAAAGGACAUUUUAAAACACAUGGCACAGAUCGCCAACAGAGACCCAGACUCCAUUUUGUUCAACUAACGGUUCCAAAAACAUCAGCGUUUCCGACCAACAGAACCAAAGUUUACCUGAUCAGCAGCCGAGAUCAUUUUGCACUUUUGCCAUUUCAGAACUGGAGAUUUUUUUCAAACCAGCAUGACUUUUUUCCCCCAUCACAAAACCAUCCGAAAACCACUCCACGAUCUGGGAGAUGACGAGUGAGACGAGUGUUUGGAAAUACUGGAGGCCCCGGGGCUGUUGUGGAGCGGACGUGCCCAGGCGAAGUGCACCUUUUGUGGGGUGGGAGCGUGGCUCGCACCCCUCCUCCUCCCUGGUUGUGUGAAAUUUCUUGUCGCCUCCGGGUAACAAAAAAACAGACUUGAUUUUUCCGAGCAGGAUCUGAAAACUUACACUCCAAAAUCCUGAGAACUUGAUGGAGGACCUGGUAACGUGGAUCAUCAUGAGCGAAUGUAAAAAGCAGUAGUUUAAGACUUAAAAUGGUCAAAACGCCACUGUGAAAAGGGCUGUAAACUGAGAGAAAUCAUGAUAUUAAUUUAUGUCAAUGUAAUGUAAUGUUUGUCCAAGUAAAUUAUU